AUGGAACAUCCACCUCCACCGCCCGAAGUUCAGACAUUGCUUGACGCUCAUGAGCACAAAAGACCUGUCGCACCUUUGGUAUCGAAGGAUUCGCCCAUCAUGCCUUGGCUUUUGCAGGAUGAGAUUGGUUGUCUAUGGGCGGGGCUUUUCACGAUCGAUGGUGUGACGGAAAGUACUCUCAUGUUGGACACCAACUCGUCUGGAACCACCGUGCGGAGAUCGUGGACUUUUCAACUUCACUGGGUCCCAGGUGGCGAAUUGUUCCUUCGGGAUGAAGAGGAGGAUCGCAUAGUAUACGAUCGUUGGUUGGUGACGCUCGAGCGCCCAUGGUGGGAGCCGGAGGCCGACGGCAAUCAGGCGCCUAGACCGAAGGACGAAGCGCAGCUUCACGCCAAGCUCGUUCCAUCACUCAUACCCCGCGGCCUCCUGACAUCGUUCAACACUAUUCUGCUCGGCGAGAGUGACUUCCCACACGGCUUUUACUGUCAAAGAUGUGGGCGCAUCAAUGUUCAGACAUACCUUGUCCGCCAGGACUGUAGCAGUGCUUCUUGUUCUCAUCCACCAUCCGGUCCGCACCUUCUGACAGUCGCCGCCGAGUGGGUCCCCUCUCGUAUUUCUGUGCUUGCCAUGGCCGAUAGCUCAUGGUGGCCUGCCAUCUCAACGCGCGUAUCCAAGCUCAAAGGGAUGUCAACCCGCACUUACGACAUUCCCGAUUGUGAUGACGUCUAUGCGCGCCCGCCGGAGGGCACCGCCGUACACUUGACCGCUACCCACAUAUUCACGAGCAACAUCCUCAUACAUCAGUUCUUACCAUCGCACCUCUUCACAAAGAUCCAACGCUGCAUACCACUGCGGCGAGCAAAAACCGAGUUUGCGUUUCUCGCGUGCGCCACGUUUCCAUCGCCUCUAUCACCCGCUGCUAUCGAGACAAAUGGCGGAGAGUCUGAGCUAGGGACAUUCAAGGAGGCAGAGGAAUUCGUCAAGAAUCGCGUGCAAAUAUACGGCAACGGGAUAGGCACCCUGAAUAUCAAGAAGUUGAGCAUCAAGACGUGGAUACAUAUGAAGGGGUCUAGGGCGACAGAGGAUCUACCUCGUGUUUCUGCUGGCGGUAUUGUUGCCAUUGUAUGCCUGGGCGCGGAUACAGAAGUUAGCUAUACACCACGACCAAUGAAGGCGGCGGCGAAGAAGGACAGGCGUCUCCGGACGACGGCAAGGAGGCAUGCACUGCGCAUCACGCUCAUUCAUGGUGAUGUCCUUGUGCUUUCGGGCCCUGCUAUCGAGGUAUCCAAGCUUUCGGUGUCCGACUCGGUUCCCAAAGCUCACUUGGCGCGGUAG